AUGGCUUCCCAGAGUCGCACCCUGCCCGUCCUCGUGGCCGCCGCAUGCUGCGUGGCUGUGCUUCGCAGCUUCUUGCCAACGAGCCAGCAGACCUUUGUGGCACCUCAGCAGAGUGUCCACAUGGGUUGCCAGGCCUUGUCGGGUGGCGCUCUGGCCUCCGGCAACGUGCCUGCCAUCGUCAACACAGUCCCCGCUCGCCCUGGUGUGCCCGCCCACUUCAAGGUGACUCUUGAGACUCCUGAUGGCACUCAAUCCUUCGCAUCUUGGCAGCACUUUUCUGCAACACACGAAUGCCCCGAAGAUGUGUACAUCCUCGAUCAGGCUGAGGAGGAGGGUUUGGAGCUGCCCUACUCCUGCCGCGCGGGCUCUUGCUCCAGCUGCGCUGGCAAGGUCCUGGAGGGCGAGAUUGACCAAAGCGAUCAGGCAUUCCUGGACGAUGACCAGAUGGGCGAGGGCUUCUGCCUCACCUGCAACUGGGCUGCUAUGGAACGUAUUCUGGGUGUGACGUAUGCCACCUCCGACGUCACCAUCAAGACCCACUGCGAAGAUGACAUCGCAUCUCUGCAUCUCGGCUCUGGCCACAACGAGACGAUGCCGUUCGCCCUCGCACUCCUUCCUCCGCCCUUGACGGGCUCGCGCUCAUUGCAGCUUUCCCCCGGAGGUGGUAUUGUCAUUGACGUGAAGCUUUGCUUCACACGCGUUCAGUUGGGCGGCAUCCAGCUGGGCCUUGAGGUGGUCGCUGUGGGCUUGCGGCAUGCUCGGACCAGACCAUGUGGCGACGCUCUCGCAGGUGUCCGGCGUAGGCGCUGCACAAGCAAGCACCGAAGCCGAGCUGGUCGGCAGCUACUGGUACCUAGGUUUGCUGGGGAUCGCCGUGUGCGUUCCGCCAGCCAUUGUGGUGAGCGCCAUCUGCUUUGUUUACCUCAUCGGAGAGCUGCCGCCUCGCCGCCUCCGCGCAGCUGUAGCAGCGCAGGCGCUGGUCACGUGUUGGACAGCUGCGUUUACACUGGUUCUUCUCAGGCUAUGCUUCAGCUGGCAGACGACGACCUGCCGGCAGGAGGGUGCGAAGGUGUGGUACCAGAAGUCGCCACAGCUUUUGCCAAAGAGACUGGCGGAGAGGCUCUGCAAACGCUGGCGGGGGAGCUUUCGAAGGGCCCGCGUGGACUGCCACCAAACGUGGCAAGGGUGGCGUCGGAGGAAGCCUUACGGACCAUGGCCUACAACACUGGAAUAGAUCCAACUGGCAGGCAGGGGCUACACCCGACGGCUACAGGUCGGCGGCGAGUUUGGCGCUUCAUCAACUCCACGCACUCCGUCGAAAAGAAACAAGACCUGCUCUGCUCCGACGCGGUCAAGGCCACGCCGCUGGUGGCAGAGAUGGCUUGCCUCUUCGAGACGGUGGUGGAGUGUGAGUUCAUGUUCUUGCUGGUCUGCGGUUACGCCCUAAAUGCGUUGCUGUCGCUCCUGGGUUCCCUCCUCGCAGCAUACGGGGUGUGGAACCUACAAGAGUGGGCUCCCCAGCAGCAGGCGAAGGGCUGUGAAAGUGCCGCCCUUCUUUCGGAGAUGGCACUGAAGUGA